AUGAAGGUCUCUCUCGGCUCGGUGCUCCUUGGAGCGCUGCUUGCCAGCACACCCGCUGAGGUUGUGGCCCAUCCUGGCCAUCCCAGUACGUGCAUGGUCACCACCAAGCGCAAGGAGUUCCGAACCUUGUCCAACGUCCAAAAGCUCAACUUCCUGGCCUCGGUCAAGUGCCUCAUGAACCGUCCCCCCGCCCUUUCAGCCACAUACCCAGCCUCGACAUCACGAUGGACCGAUUUCCUCCUCGUUCACCAAGCAAAUACCCCUUUUGUUCACUGGGUGGGCCAGUUCCUCCCCUGGCAUCGUGCGUUCCUUCAGGACUUUGAGGAUGCCCUCCGCAAUGAGUGCGGUCUUAUCGGCGGCAUCCCCUACUGGAACCCGGCCCUUGACUUCGCCAAUCUCACCGCAUCACCAGUGCUGUCUGGCCCUCUAUCCUUUGGUGGGAACGGUGUUGGUCCCGUAGUCGUCCCGCCAGGAGGCCAAUCCAGCGAUGGCAACUGCGUCAUUGAUGGCUUCUUCGGCAACGUCAGCGUCCGGGUUGCCCAGGGUCCUCCUCCGGGCCAGGUUGCAGACCGGUGCCUCUUGCGCUACAUCCGCCAGGACUUUGCCUCCUACUGGAUGAACCCCAGCCAUGUGGCCACAGUUUUGGCUCAGCCUGACUACGCAACUUUUGCGCCUCUCAUUGAGGGUGAUAUGAUCCCUCCUGAUGUUUUCCCUACCAUGGGCAUUCACACUGGUGGCCACGCUACUAUAGGUGGUGACAUGUCUGACAUGUUCACCUCUAACUCUGACCCCAUCUUCUACCCUUUCCACGCCAACAUUGACCGUCUCUGGGCCAAGUGGCAGGCUGCCAACCCCACUGCUCGUCAGUACGACAUCUCGAAUCCCAUUGCUCCACGCGGUGUUAUUCAGAUGUGGCCCAACCCUCCUGCCGGCAAUGUUACGCUUGACUAUCAGCUCUCGCCACUCAAGGUGGGUGACUCUUCGACUGUCACCACGGUUGGCCAGAUCAUGAAUACCAAGGGCAAGGGGGUGCCGUCUGCGCCUGGGAAGCCUAAUGGGAUUUUGUGCUAUGAGUAUGUUGAAUAA